UAAAAAACUAGCAGUUCAGCAACGAGGGCAAUCUUUUGACGAUUCCGCCAUGGGUAAGGUUCACGGAUCCCUAGCUCGUGCGGGUAAGGUGAGAGGCCAAACUCCUAAAGUGGCGAAGCAAGACAAGAAGAAGAAGCCCCGUGGCCGAGCUUACAAGCGGAUGCAAUACAACCGCCGUUUCGUCACCGCAGUGGUAGGAUUUGGCAAAAAGAGGGGACCUAACUCAUCUGAGAAGUAAGAGCUAUGCAGCUGAAGAAGGCAAGAAGCCCCGUUUGAAGCUUCAAGGGAUUAAGUCUAUUUUCAUUCUUUUUUGGCAACGUUUUAUGCUACUUAUUUAUGUUCACGGGAUCGAGUUAAACAUCAAUUUGUUAGCUAAAGAUUGUGAUUUUGGUAUUAUUUAGCUUUAAUUAUUUGCUUA